UCCGCUUGGGACGGCGAGCUGGCGCCUGAGGCGACCGGGCCGGCCAGAGCGUGGCGGCUUUGAAGCCGCGUCAGCCACGGCCGCCACCGCCAUGAGCGGCCGAAGUCGGGGCCGCAAGUCCUCCCGCGCCAAGGGCCGGGGCAGAGGCCGGGGCAGAGGCCGCGCGCGCGCCGCCCCGGAGCCUCCGGACCCCCCGCAGGACCCCCCGGAGGGCCGGCGGCCCGGGGAGGACGCGCCGGCGGCGGCGGCACAGGUGCAGGCCGGCGCGGGGUGGGGCGGCCUCGGCCUGGAAGGCGCCGCGCUCCCGGGCCCGGAGGAGGACCCCUCCCGGGUCCCGCUGGACUGUGGCCUCGCGCUGCGGGCGGCGGGGGAGCGCGGGCAGGCCGCCGCCAGGCUCGGCCUGGGCCUGGGCAGGGCCUCCUCCCUGUCGGAGCGCCUGGCGGCGGACUCCGUCUUCCUGGGCACCGCGGGCGCGGUGGGGAGGCUGAGGAACGGCCCCCGCGUCCGAAACCUGCUGCGCGGACGCGCGGGGAAGAAGGCCCCGGCGGGCAAGGGCCCUCCGGCCGUCGCUGGUGGGAAGCCCAAGACCAGAGACCCCGCCGCCGGGGAGUGUGCGUCUGCCCCGGAGGAAGAGGAACCGACGCUGGAGGAGGAGGAGGAGGAGGAGGAAGAGGAGGAUGCAGGGGCAGGGACUCUGGCGGCGGCGACGACGACGGCGACGACGACGACGACGACGACGACGACGGAUGGCGGCAUGGCUACGCUGGAGAGCGUCCAGCAGAAGCUGGAGUCCAUGAACGCGCAGGCCGACAGGGCCUACCUUCGCCUCUGCCGCAAGUUUGGGCAGCUGCGGCUGCAGCACUUGGAGCGCAGGAGCCUCCUCAUCCGGAGCGUGCCCGGCUUCUGGGCGCGCGCUCUGCAGAACCACCCGCAGCUCUCCUCCUUCCUGACCGCCAGAGACAGAGAAGUGCUGGGCUACCUGAACAGCCUGGAGGUGGAAGAGCUCGGCCUGGCCAGGCUGGGCUACAAGAUCAAGUUCUACUUCGAGCGCAACCCCUACUUCCAAAACAAGGUGCUCAUCAAGGAAUACGGGUGCGGCCCCUCGGGUCAGGUGGUGUCUCGUUCGACUCCAAUCCAGUGGCUCCCGGGGCAGGCCCUCGAGUCCCUGAGCCAGGGGAGCCCGGCGGACCACAGCCCCAGCUUCUUUGGGUGGUUCGAGAACCACACCUCCAUCGAGUCCGACAAGAUCGUGGAGAUUAUCAACGAGGAACUGUGGCCCAAUCCCCUGCAGUACUACCUUCUGAGUGAAGGGGCCCGUGCAGAGAAAGGGAAGGAGAAAGGAAAGGAGAAAGGAAAGGAGGGCAGGCAAGGCCCAGCGAAGCAGCCAGUGGAGGCCCCUGAACCUGGAUCCAACAAGUCCAAGUAAUCUCUGCACAAGUCUCCCGACUACCUCCUGCUGGACCACGGGUGUUUGGCUGGCUGCCUUCUCUUCACGUGGGCCUCUGUGCACUUUCUCCCUGUGAACUUCCGGUUCCAAGAACAUGGCAUUUAGGAUCAUGUUCUUUUGCCUCCCCAGGGCCUUGCUUUUUUACGUUAGUGUCCCAGGUUCUAGGAUCCCACACCUGUUGUUUAUCUGUUAAGCACACACGCUCCAGAUGUGCACUGCCUUUAUCUAUGUGCCUGAGCCCUGCUCUUGGCUCUGGCCUUUCCUGCCUGUCUUUAACAUGGACAUUCAUGAGACCUUCUCCAAGAGGACCCGUGCAUCUUUAAGCUCUGCUCCUUCAGAGCCUUUGACUUGAGCGGGCUUUGUGUUCACGGUGGCCAUGCAUACCAUACAUGGCAGGAUUGCUACUGUGAAAUGGAGCUAGUGCCCAUGGUACUGGCCAUCAGCCAGAACUUGAUUGUUCAAUGGCCCGGGAGUCCCUAGCCAGGGCACUGGACAAGGGUCCAUGCUAUCCUGCUGGAUAUGCAGCAUACUGGCCCUUGACUGCUGGCACGGACAAGGUUUAGGGCGAGAAGCAGUAUGGCGUGUGUUCUAUUCCGGCGUGUGUCUCCUCCUGGCUCUGGGCCCUUCCAUUGGAGAGCCUUCAUCAAGCUCUGCACCGUGCCUCACUAAUUGAAUUUUGUCCAGGUUGUUAUCAGCCCCAGUUGGCUUCCUGUUCAACAAGGACCUCCAGAACACCCUGUGGACGCAACACCCCCUGCCAGUGCAAGACACACACCUACCUUCCAAGGCUGGGGCCUUCCAAGAAUCCCAUUGGCUGUCAGACUGAUGGGUGGGCUGGUAUGUGUGGACAUGUGGUCGCUGUCAUUAUGCCAUGGCUCCAGAUGAGGGUGGGGACUAGACUCAUAGAAUCUAGGCAUCUUUUCCAAUUCCCCUUAUCAAUUUAUGACACAUGACCAGAAUGCUAUAGUGAGUUUGCUGGGGAAAGGUAUUUCUGACACGUGAGCUUGUGUCUACUUCAUUUCACACCUCCAUAUAUUU